AUGGUUGUAGCGUUUGAGUUUCUUGACCGUUACAAUACUGACGGAGAAGAGGUUUUGAAAUCCAUUGUGACAGGUGAUGAGACAUGGGUUCAAUAUGACACGCCCGAAACGAAACGACAAUCGCAACUAUGGAUGCACACAAAUUCUCCAAAGAGACCCACAAAAUUCAAACGAACCAUUAACAACCGUAAGGUUAUGGCAACUGUUUUUUGGGACCAAAACGGUGUGUUGCUUGUGGAGUUUAUGCAGCCUGGAAAAACAAUUAAUGCAGAUUCAUAUUGUGAAACUUUGCGACGCUUACAGAGAGCUAUUCAAAACAAACGAAGAGGCAUGCUGACUUCUGGUAUUGUUCUAAUCCACGACAAUGCCUGUCCUCACAGCGCUCGUGUAACCCAACGGCUCCUUCAACAAUUUCAAUGGGAUAUUUUCGAACAUCCACCAUAUAGUCCCGACAAAGCGCCGAGUGACUUUCAUCUGUUCCUUGAACUGAAGCAGUGGCUUGGCGGGAAGCGCUUCCAAAAUGAUGUGGAGCUGAAACUGUCACAACUCACUUCCAAUCAUUGGCGGGGACAUUUUAUGAAGAGAGUAUUGCAAAGCUUGUUCACAGAUAUGACAAAUGCCUCAAUCGUCAAGGUGGUUAUGUAG